CCGGCGCAGCGGCUCCGGGGCGUCGGGUGACGCCGGGCGGACGAGGCGUCACGUGACACGGAAGUGACUCCGAACAGGAAGAGGACGAAAAAAAUAACCGUCCGCAACACCGAGCCGAACCCGACCCGCAGCUAUCAUGAACAGCAAAGGUCAAUAUCCAACACAGCCGACCUACCCUGUGCAGCCUCCUGGGAAUCCAGUGUACCCUCAGGCCCUGCAUCUUCCUCAGGCGCCGCCCUAUACUGAUGCUCCACCUGCCUACUCAGAGCUCUACCGUCCCAGCUUUGUGCACCCAGGGGCUGCCACCGUGCCCACCAUGUCAGCUGCAUUUCCUGGCGCCUCACUGUACCUUCCCAUGCCCCAGUCUGUGGCUGUCGGUCCUUUAGGGUCUACAAUCCCCAUGGCUUACUAUCCAGUUGGUCCCAUCUACCCACCUGCCUCCGCCCCCUGGAUGUCCUCCCAAUGCUGCUCAGCUUGCCGUCAUGCAGGGAGCCAAUGUCCUUGUCACUCAGCGGAAGGGAAAUUUCUUCAUGGGAGGCUCCGAUGGUGGCUACACCAUCUGGUGAAGAACCGAGGCCACCUCCGUGCCGGGAAAGACAUCACAUACCUUCAGCACUUCUCACAAUGUAACUGCUUUAGUCAUAUUAACCUGAAGUUGCAGUUUAGACACAUGUUGUUGGGGUGUCUUUCUGGUGCCCAAACUUUCAGGCACUUUUCAAACUUAAUAAGGAACCAUGUAAUGGUAGCAGUACCUCCCUAAAGCAUUUUGAGGUCGGGGAGGUGUCCAUUCAUAAAAUGAAUGUGGGCAAAACCGCCCUAAGGAUCUUCCUUUAAUCCCUCUGGAGUAAUACUGUACCAUACUGGUCGUUGCUUUUAGUAAUAAAACAUCAAAUUAGGUUUGGAGGGAACUUUGAUCUUCCUAAGAAUUAAAGUUGCCAAAUUACUCUGAUUGGUCUUUAAUAUCUUUAAGUCUUUGAUUUAUAUUACACGUUAAAAGGAACUGCAUUAGUUGUCUCUGCCUCCCCCCUUCCAUCCUUGGCCCAGUUUCCCUGUCACCGCCCUCGUUUACUCCCCGUCACCAAUCUCCAUUGAAUCAAUGGUGCAGGACAGUAAGCCAGUCAGACUAAUUCCCUUCCCUCCUCGCCCUUCCCCACGUUUGCCAUCUUUUAAAUAGUUUUUCACAAGGAUCCUCUGAAACCCCAUCUGUGCCCCAAGUGCAUAUCGCACUCCCUUCCCCUUGUUUUUGCGUCUCCUCAGGCAAAAGUGGAGGGUGCUUUUGGGACCCUCCUCUCGGGUUGUCUCUCCACACACGAACCAAACCCAAAUUUGCUUUGGUGCCAGCAAAACUGAGCUUUGCUUGAACAGAGGCUAUUGAUGCGAACUGUACUAUAAGCAACAGUUUGUGAAAUGGGGGGGCAGGAAGGAGAAGGCAUUUCAGAAGCCUGAUGACUUUAGAGCCAAAUUAAGGGGAGUUUUCAGAUCGAACCUUGGUCACCAUUUCUUGUCAGUGUCCGAUGCAGCCGCUCACAGCUCCCAAGAAUUCCUAAGCUUAGGUGCCUCACCGCAAGAUGAGAGGCCAGUGAGAUCUCAUUAGGGUUAAGAAUAUUUCAGGGAUCCUCUUAAUAUUUUGAUUUUUGUUUUCUAAAAUUGGAUUUUUAUUUUAUCUUAUACUUCUAGUUCAUCUAAAUUUUGUGUUCUGUACAUGUGAUGUUUGACUUGUACCAUUGACUGUUAUGGAAGUUCAGCGUUGUAUGUCUCUCUACACUGUGGUGCACUUAACUUGUGGAUUUUUUAUACUAAAAAUGUAGAAUAAAGACUAUUUUGAAGAUUUGAAUAAAGUGAUGAAGUUGCAUUACACCUCA